AUGGACAAGGCGAAACGAUUCCAGCCGCUGGCCGUCCUGAACCAGAAACUGAAAGGCCUCGACGUAUUCGAAUCGAACGAAAACCUCCAGACUUCCGCGGGCGCAAGUCGGCCUCUCGCAACACCCUCGCAUGCGUUUACCCCUGAACCGGCACGGCCUUUCGAAGCCGAUGAUAUAAUCGUCAAGGGCCAUUGGCAGGGGCGUGGACUCUACGAUACCUGUUUGGAGCCGUCGUGCGGGAAGCUACUGAAUGCGACGAACGGGUGCGUUAAUUGUCGAAAAUGCGGGAAGUUGUUCUGCGAGGAACAUACUAUGUACCAGAUGAGACUUUCAAGAUCUGCACAGCACGAGCCGGUGAGAGGUCUUUGGUAUAGGGUCUGUGAGACCUGUUAUAAGUCGCGCGAAGGAUAUAAUGAUCACAACGGCUUAAUACGAAACCGGACAGAUGAGUUUAAGGCUCUAAGGAAACAAACGGUGGACAAGGAAUUCUUAGAGGCAUCUCGGCUCGAGAAACGGUUGACGCGCCUCACUCAGCUGCUUGCCAGCUUGCCCCCGGAGCAAAUUCAAUCAGGAGCGAGUAAACGUUGGCCGAUCUCAUGGCCGAACGACCAAAGAAAGGCGCUCGAACAGACCAUUGUCAGCUGGCAGGAUGACGCCAGCGUUUCGAGGUGUCCUUUCUGUCAGCAGGAUUUCACCAGCUACACCUUUCGGAGACACCACUGCCGAACUUGCGGGCAAGUUGUUUGUGGCGAUCCGACAACAGGAUGCUCGAGUGAUGUGCCUCUGAAUGUUUCACCACCAUCUACGACGUCUGAAGAGAAGUCGAGCAGCACGGACGUGAUCAAAAUCGACAUCCGUCUUUGUAAAGGAUGCAAAGCAACUUUGUUUGACCGUCGUGAUUUCGAGGCCGACGUCAUGCGAAAGCCCCCUGACCUACGAGCCUACGAGAAUCUCAUUCAAUUCGAACGAGGCAUCCGGCUGCUUCUGCCUAAAUUCCAAAAGCUGUUGACAGCUCUGCAAGACCCCAGGCGACCGCCGUCAUCCGCUCAGAUUGCGGAAGCCUCGAAAGUCCGAAAGCGACUUACUGAUUCUUUUGCGAAAUACGACACUGCGGCCAGGCGCAUCCGCGAUUUGCCUACGGAGUCGAUUACACAAAAAUUGCUCCAAAAAGCGGUAUAUCAGCAGGCCAGCAAUUUCCUACACCUUCAUAUGCUCCCUUUGAAAUCUCUGCCUAAAAUCCUCAAACACGCCUCCGCAAACGAACGUCUAGCGAGUACUGUGGGCUCACCUAGUAGUCCCAGCCCGACCAAUGGCUCGAGCAUUGGUCACCGACGACAGGACUCUGCAUUGUCGUCUAUCCGGUAUGGCAGCGUGGCAGCGAGUGGCAGCAACAGUAGCCUAGCUAGCGAUGCAAGCAGCGCCGUAUCCGCUUUGGAAGCGGAGGAGAAAUCCCUGCGCGAAAGGCUCAUCGUGUUAGAAGAACAGAAGUUCUUCGUUUCCGAAAUGAUUGCAGACGCGAAUCGGCGUCGCAAGUUCGACGAAGUCAGUAGUCUGGCAAUGAAUGUCGAGGAUCUCACCCGGGAAAUCGACCGGGUGAAUGGAAUGCUGGAUGGGCUGGACUUUGAAAGUGUCUAUACCGGUACUCAGCAGGGCUAA